UCGUACGCGGACCGGAGCGUACGCGAGACCCGGACCGACGCGGCAGUCGCGCUCGCGGUGCCGUGGAAUCGUCGAACCGAAAAAUAAGCCCUAACCCCCGUGGCGACCUCCGCAGAAUAAACCCGUCUCUCGUCUCCGCCCCGAAAUUUGUCUCCGUCGUCUCGUCCGCGCCCACAGCAGUACCCCCCUCACGCGCCGAGACGGUCCCGCGGUGUCUUGAGCGCCCGAACCGAUACGGUCGAGACCCCGACUUCCCGUCGGCCGUUCAAGUCGGUCCGACGAUAGAACGAAACUUUAUCGAAUAAAAAAUAAUAUCAAAACGUAACGCGUACCCAUCAUAACCUAUAACGGCGUAUUGAAUAGCGUUUUUUAUAAUUCGUUCGCACGCACCCGCACACGCCCACCCACACCCGCACACACACACGACGACCACCGCUGUCGUCGUAUAUAGUCGUCAUCGUUGUUGUUGUUGUUGUCGUUGACGUUGUCGUCGUCGUCGUCGUUUUGUCAUUACCGCGCGCGCAAACAAAGAAACCGUCGAGAGCACGCGACCUGUCACAUCUGCUCGGCGCUUUGGCGAACACAAAAGACCCGUUCCGACAAAAAAAAAAAAAAGCGCACGCAGACACGCCAUCCUGAAAAGGCCUGCAAACCUCGUACCUAUAUAAGGACGAUACCGAUCGCGUGUCGUUAUAUAUACCAUCACUGCAGCAGUGUCGCGCGAUCCAACGGUGAAGUCCGACGACAAUAAUUCGACGAAAUUUUUUUCCGUCUCUUCCGCGAGACAACUCUUUCGGUUUUGCGCGCCACGACGCGUGAUCGCCACUAAGACGACGAACACGGACACGACGACGACGAUGGUCGUCAACGGUAAAAAUGCUUCCGGCCGGUUCGCCGCCGCGACCGUCCUCUGGCUGCUCGUCGCGAUCUUCGCUAAUCAGAAUUUCAUACACUGUGAAGGAGUAGAAGGAGAGCAACAACUUUCCCAACAAAAUUUCCAACCAUUCAACCAAGAUCAACUACCAAAGCCACAACUACCAUCAUAUCUGCGACAACCAACACAGCAAUUACAGCAACCACAGCAACAACAGCAACCACAGCAAUCACAACAACCACAUCAACCACAACAACCACAUCAACCACAACAACCACAGCAACCACAUCAACCACAGCAACCACAGCAACCACAGAAACCACAGCAACAACUGCCAUCACCACAGCAACAACUACCAUCACCACUACAGCAAAUACAGCAACUACAGCAACUACAGCAACUACAGCGACAACAACAACCACAGCAACAACAACCACCAUUACAACAACCACCAUUACAACAACCACUAUUACAACAACCACUAUUACAACAACCACAACGACAACAACAACUACAGCAACCACAGCAACAACAACCACAGCAACAACAACCACAGCGACAACAACAACUACCACCAUCACAGCAACAACCAUUUGGAACGAUGGGUCCAUUAAAUGUUAUGGAAAGUGAUAGACAAUCAAAUUUAAAGGAAAUGACUGAACAAUCAAUGAAUCCUAAUUUCGGAUCAAAUCCACCAUCACAAAAACUAAGCAAUGAUGCAGGUACACCUAUGGUAACAAGUUCUCAACAACCUAUUCAAACCGAUAUUCCAGUUCAAGUAACUGAUUUUCAACAAUCUCAACUAUCUAUUCAAACUGAUGGUCCCCCAAUGGCGCCAAUUUUCAUUGAAACUAACCCAUCUCAAGGCGUUAACACAAACCCACCAUCAUUGCAGACAAAUCUGCCACAAGUUCAAACUACAAGACCUUUUCCGCUGGUUGACGAACCGAUGAAUAGCCAACAAAAUCCUUUGAAUAACCCUCAAAAUUCUUCGAAUAACUCGCCGAUUACUUUUUAUAACGGGUAUUUAUCACCAAUGCACAAGAAACCAAUGAUGUCGUUGCCGUCACGCAUACAACGAUUUCCAUCGAAUAAUAACAAUCCUGUGAGGCUCCCCGUAGAUCAGCAGAUACAGAGACCAUAUCAGUUUACAUAUUAUUCAAACAGCAACGCUGACAAUGGAUACGAAAUUCCGAUCCAAACAAGCAAUGUACCAGGUUAUCAGAUUCAGUCAUCUCCCAACAUUGUAGAUACUACACCGUACUCGAUGUUUACAGGAGAAAUUAUGCAACCCAUGCAUAUGUUGAGUAACGUGAUGCCGACGAAUCCGAUGCAGUUUAUCCAGAAACCGAUGGGCAUGAUAUUCAACACAGUCGACAAGGUUGGUAAAUACGGCGAGGGCGUAAAGGAAGGCUUAACCACUGCAUUUAGGGGUGUAGUCGGCAAAAUACUGGACGGAACCCAAUCGGGAGCGCAGAGAGUUUUUGACAUGGGCUCGACCGGAACCAAUGCUUUCAUAAACUUCGGACGGAGACUGUUGGUGCCGGGGACCAUCAGGGAACAGCAAAAUCUAUUCGAAUCCGAUGGCAAAUAUUAUUUGCCACAGCAGAGCAUGCGGCCUACGAACUACGUCAUCAAUUCUAAUAUGCCAUCCCCUAACUACAACGGCGGAAUGGGCUAUAAUAAUAUGCCACCCCGCGCGGAGACAGGGAAAUUCAUGGGUGGCAGCAACAAUAACGAUCAGUUGUCCGUACAAAACACCACUCCGCAGUUAAAUACCAAUUACGUGGCACAGGAGCAGAGUAUGUCGAACUCCGACAUGCCCAACCCUGUCAACGAUAUGCAGCCAAUUAUCCGUUAUGGUCAACCCUAAGAAAAUUCUAGUGCUGUCUUGGAGUGUGCCCAAGCCACCGGUCUUCCGUCUUUUCGUUUUUUUUCUGUAUUCCUUCUCUCAUAUACAUGUAUCACUAUAUAUAUUAUAACUAGGUACAUAAUAUAA